UGAAGAACAAAGGUUUGGUUUUUAACUUGAGUCGUGGUUUCUCCUUUUAUUAAAGAUUUGCAAGAAGCUGUUCAACACGUAAUCUUAACGACUAUAAACAAGUCCGAAUGUGUCAUGUAUAACAGUCGGUCUGUUGAUGUCAAUUCUACAAAGAGUUAGCGGCACUAGGACCCAACGGAAGUGAGCCCAUCUGCUGGCCAAAACGAAUGACGUCAACGUGCUAAGAAGUUAGCCGUGAAGCUACAGCUAGCACGUUGGAGAGUAUUAAUGCAUGGCCUGAAAACUUAACCGGCCUCGUAUCGACUUUUAGUUUUAUAUUAGCCACUGGGGAGUUUAACCAUGCCGAGCAAAAAGAAGAAAUACAACGCAAGAUUCCCUCCGGCGCGGAUUAAGAAAAUAAUGCAAACCGAUGAGGAGAUUGGAAAAGUGGCUGCUGCAGUCCCUGUCAUCAUCUCAAGAGCAUUGGAGUUGUUCUUGGAAUCGUUGCUUACUAAAGCGUGUCAAGUAACACAGUCCAGGAAUGCCAAAACGAUGACUACAUCACAUUUGAAACAGUGCAUUGAGCUGGAGCAGCAGUUUGACUUUCUCAAAGACCUGGUGGCCACAGUGCCUGACAUGCAGGGUGAUGGCGAUGAGAACCACACGGAGGGAGGAGCAGAGAAAAUGUCUCGCAGGGGUCGAAAACCUGGGUCGGCCCACAAGAACGGAGGACCCAGCUCAAAAGGCAAAGACAAGAAGCUGUCUGGCACGGAGUCGGAACAGGAGGAGGACUCUGAGGAGACGGAGACAGACGGUGAGGAAGAGGACGGUGCACAGUCCAACAGUAACGUGCAGGCAGCAUCCAGGUUCCCAAGCAUGAACACCACCCCCCAGUUCAUGAACGUGGGCAACAUGGCACCGGUGCAGCCCCCGGCGGCCAUGGCCUUCGCCCCUCACCCCUCCAUGAUGAGCGUACCUCCACCUCCUCCGCCUCCUGCACCGCACAAGUCCGAGGAUUAUGACGAAGACGACUAUGACUCUUAGCUCCCCCUGCUGUCUGCCUCCCCUCCCUACACACGUUUGUUUUUCUUCAUUUGUAAAGCCGCCAGAGACUCGCCACUGCUGCAGAGACAAGAACUGGUUCUAUAUUCGAUUUUCAUUUUAAAUGGUUUUAUUUGAUGGUAGGGAUUUCGACCUUGAUGCUUUUUAAGAGGUUUCUUCUUUUUUUGGUUAAAAACAAUGCUCAUUCCCAGAUCACUGCCCCACAGACAACGGCGCAGUUCAUCUUUUUUGACAGUUUUUCUUUCCAUUUUAAUGUGUUUUAUCAGGAGAACUGUAAACAACCCUGAAUCCAUCAUAUCAGCAGGUUUUCUUUUCCCCUCAAGGCUGCCACAGGUCUUAGUUUGGUUUCACGACUGUAAACUCCCUCUGCGAAAUGAAGAGAAAAGCAGGCGGACUUUGUUCUUAAAGUUUGUCUUUUCAUCCUCUGGAUUGUUUUGGUAUCUUGAACUUUUUUAUGUUCCCAUUCAUGCCCUUCCCCUUUUUAGAUUGUUUUAACUGCAGACGUGGAGCUGUUCCUGAAAAGUUUCCCAGUUGACUUUUAACAUUUUAUUUUGUACGGGUGAAAUAAAAUCAUAUUUCAAUUUAGAUCAAGCACGUCUGUGUUUGUCCUUGUCAUUAAUGAUGGUGUGGUUCGAUAUGUUGAGGCCGUCGAAUGUGAUGCCAGGUUUUUGAAUAUGAAUUAAAAAUAUUUCUGUAA